AUGGCCCUCCCCACGCUGCCCUCCUACUGGGGCAGCCGGCAGCUGGUGCAGCAGCAGCUGGCCCGGCAGCGCGAGCAGGCAGCCCAGCUGCAGCAGCAGUGGGACCGCAACCACCGCUACUUCCGGCUGUCCGACAUCCGCAGCUCCAAGCAGGCCGAGUGGAGCUCCCAGACGUCCUACCAGCGCAGCAUGCACGCCUAUCAGCGCGAGAAGCUGAGGGAGGAGAAGAGGAAGUGCCUGGAGGCCCGGCGGGCGCGGCUGGGGCAGCUUCUGCUGGAGGAGCAGGGCCUGCUGGCCCAGGAGCUGCAGGAGCUGCGGCUGAGCCCCAGCCUGCAGGAGCAGAGUCUCAGGGAGCGACACGCACGCCUGAAAUCCACCCGAGAGGAGCAGCGGAAACUGGUUGCAGAACAGCUCCUGUAUGAGCACUGGAGAAAGAACCACCCGGAACUCCGCGAGGUCGAGCUGGACCUGCACAGGAAGCAUGUGAUAGACUCCUGGGAAACCCAGAAAGAAGAGAAAAGACAGCAAGAGGCCGAGGAAGAGAAAGAGAAACAGCGGCACGAGAAUGCCUACGAAGUGGCCCGCCGGGAGGCGCUGGAGCGGCUGGGAGCGGAGGAGGAGAGGCGGCAGCAGGAGGAGAAGCUCCAGGCCGAGGCGCUGCGCCGGCAGAUGGAGGAGCUGGAGCUCAGGGAGCGGGAGGCCACCCAGCUGAAGAAGGAGCAGGAGAACCUGCUGGCGCAGCGCUGGGAGCUGGAGCGGCUGGAGGAGGAGCGGGAGCGGAUGGCGGCCUCGCGGCAGAAGGCGGAGCUGGGGCGCUUCUUGCGACAGCAGUACAGCGCGCAGCUGAACCGGCGGGCCCAGCAGAUCCAGGAGGAGCUGGAGGCGGACGGGCGCAUCCUGCAGGCGCUGCUGGAGAAGGAGGAGCAGCAGCAGCGGGCGAGCGCGGCCCGGCGCGAGCGGGCCGUGGCCGACGCGGCCUGGAUGAAGCGGGUGAUCGAGGAGCAGCUGCGGCUGGAGCGGGAGCGGGAGGCGGAGCUGCAGGUGCUGCUGCGGGAGGAGGCCAAGGAAAUGUGGGAGAAGAGAGAGGCCCAGUGGGCCCGCGAGCAGAGCGCCCGGGACCGCCUGAUGAGCGAGGUUCUAGCAGGCAGGCAACAGCAGAUCCAGGAGAAGAUUGAGCAGAACCGGCAGGCCCAGGAGGAGUCCCUGAGGCUCCGGGAGCAGCUCAUCGGGCACCUGGAGGAGGCGCGGGAGGCAGCCCGCCAGGAGAGGCAGCGGAGCGAGGAGCUGAAGUCGGCCAGGAAGCAGGAGCUGGAGGCGCAGGUCGCCGAGCGCCAGCUGCAAGCCCUGCAGGCAGACCAGCAGGAGGAGGAGGAAGAGGCCGAGGCCAGGCAGGCCGAGCAGCUAACCGACGCCCUGCUGCGGCGGGAGGCCCGGAGCAUGGCCACGCAGGGCUACCGGCCCAAGUCUCAUGGACAUCCCAGAAUCGCCUGGAACUGACUUGGUUGGUGGGAACCACAGCGAGCAAGGACAUGGAGCCUCGGGCCGGCCGGCUGCAGUCGGCUUCACCUCACGGUGGCCAUCCUGGGUGCAGGCUCCUGGGAGCUCCCCGCAGUGCAGCAGCUCUGGGGCUGGGCACUGCAAGAUGGGCUGGACGCAGCCCCCAGCCGCAGGAGGCCCCGGCCCGUCCAUCCCCGUCUGCCAGGCGGGCUUGUCAGGCUCUGCGGUGUGGCGAGGAGGUGCCGAGUUCCCUGACGGGCGCUCGUGUCCCUGUCUUCCUCCAGCUAGGGGGACGAGCCUGGCAUCAG